GGCAUGAUUGAUUCAACAAAACCCAUUUCCUGAUCAGUCUUCCCUUUCACUGCCGUCCGGACGUUAUAUUUCAAAUCACACUUUAAUCUGCCGCGGAAAUGGAGUUAAGUGGUAUAACCGCUUAAGCCACCUUUUAUUCAUCGUUCUUUUCAAUUUUCUACAAAUUUAGUUGUUCACUCGUUUACUCAUCGCUUUGAAUUUAAUCUACGUUUCUGCGAAAUUUCCUGAUCAGCGCCCAGAGGUUCUAACCCUAAAGCUAUGCUUUCUUCUAUCUUGAACAAGAGACAGAAGCUUCAAGAAGAGCUCCGGAAUAUUGAGAAACAGGUAUUUGAUUUAGAGACAACUUAUUUGCAAGAAACUGGAUCCUUCGGGAAUGCAUUAAGAGGCUUUGAAGGAUUUUUGUCUUCAUCAAAUAAAAGUUCAAGCCUGAAGAGAUCAAGAAAGUUUCAACUUGAAGAUCGAUUGUUUUCACUGUCCUCAGUCACUUCACCAGCGGCUGAAGAGCUUGGACUUGGGCGAGAAGAGGGAAAAGUGGAUCAUGGUCAAGGUCGUUCUAAGGCAGGGGGCAUGACAAUAAUUGGACAGGGGAAACCCAAAAAAGGAAGAACAGUGCAGAGAGAUAUAAAGAAAGUCAGGGGUUCUAAUGACUUGGAUGUUGUUGAUGAUGAUGAUGAUCCGGACAUGAUGAGUUUGAGAUGAGCUACUCUCUCUUUCGAAAUUAUGGCAUUUUAACUUCUCUAUAGCAUGUGUUGUGCCAUGUUAAGCAUGCAUGAACAUCGAUUGUUGGUGACAUGUUUUAAACUUUGGCAAUGUAUGAUAUGUAUCGUAUCAGUGUGUAACUAUUCGUUUCUUAGAAUUGUCACAUUUUAGUUGUGGAAUGUCGUAUCAGUAUGUAUCGAUUGCUUUAACUUUUUUAUGUAAUACUUGUUGCAUCACAACCGUCAAUCUAGGAGUUUAUAUUGUGUGUAAUGUGUCAUGUGUGCACAGUACUUCUAAUGCACAAUGAUGCAAUGAGCAAUUUUGGAUGCAAAAUAGGAAAAUAUCCAAACAAAUAAAGAAAUAGCUGGUUGUAAAUUUAUUCCUUGGUGUAGGCCUUUAGGGUACAUUUUGCCUUAAUGAUAAAAAUUAAGAGCCCUUCU